AGAAUUUGAAACUUCCUUCGCACUUUCUCGAGAAAACCUCUGCUCAGACAAACAUUUGAAUGUAAAUAUAUUUCCCUCUUCACCUCCUCAGAGCAUUUCCUGAGUUCAACCAACUCGGAACCAUGACUCGGCGCUCCAACUCAAAGAAAUUCAAAGUCUUCGAUUUCGACGACGACGAUCGCUCCGAGAAUUUGCAAACGAGAUUUUCUGGCGACCUCCGGAAGAUGAGGAAGAAGAACAAGAAGCGCGACGAUUCUCCCAUUAACAAGUACCAUUUCCUCCAGAGCUUUGCACGUGGUACUGAGAUUGCAGAACAGGGUUUUAGAGAUGAACCUGGUGAACCAAUUGAUGUUGAUACUGAAGGUUGUCAAUGCACAUAUUCUGUGAUGCAUCCAAAGGACACGCGACUUGAAGAUGCUGCUGUGAAAAUGGAGAUCUCUGGGUUAGAUGCCUUUUUAGCAUCUAAUUCUUCAAUUCAUGAGAAUGAGCCAAUGUGUACAGUGUCAUCAGAAUCCAGCAAUAAUAGAACAAGCACUUCAACGACUUCAAGGUUUUGUCUUGCAGAUGAUGACGUUCUACUGGAAAAACAACUAAUAGAGCCUGAUUGCGGUGGAUGUGAAAAUGAUAACGAAAAUAUGAGUGUUAAGAUAGUCCCUGAUUUUGUUUUAUAUGGAGACAUAUCUUUUGGGGAAUCAUGCUUAACGUUUUCAUGUGGCGGCAUCAAGCUAGAAGCUUUAGCUUUAAGUGGGACCAGGAAAACAUUAUCCUUUGAAUGGGAUAUCACGGAUAUAAUUUCAAUUAAAUCGGAUUGGACUGUAUCAGUCGAGACUGCCAUUGUUAACCUUCAUCUAAAGUCAAAGACUUCUAAAGGAUCUCAAAAUGAAGAUAAAACUUCAGGUAUUGAGCAGUUAAAUUUUGCAGUUUAUGACCCUGGCUGGGCCAAAGCACAGAAAGCAAUCAAAAGAUUGGAUGCAAGAUACAAUGAUAUAUGGAACAUCAACUUUGAUACUGAUAUGGUAAAAGAUGAAAAAGAUUUGUUUCCUCGGAGUAGGAUGUUGUCUCCAAAGCAUUACUUCUGUGGUUCUGAUGAGCCUUUUGAAGAUGCUGUCUAUCCAAAAGGAGAUCCUGAUGCUGUUACGAUUCAUAAGAGAGACAUUGAGCUUCUAGAGCCUGAGAGAUUCAUCAAUGAUACCAUAAUUGACUUUUAUAUUAAAUAUUUGGCAAACGGCAUUCAAACUGAGGAAAAGCACAGGAUGUAUUUUUUCAAUUGUUUUUUCUUUCGGAAGCUUGCAGAUUUAGACAAAGAUCCAUCAAGUGCUCAUGAAGGCAAGGCAGCAUUUCAACGCGUCAGUAAAUGGACAAGAAAAGUCAAUCUUUUUGAAAAGGACUACAUAUUCAUUCCUGUAAAUUAUAGUCUUCAUUGGAGUUUACUUGUCAUCUGCUAUCCCGGUGAAGUGCCUAAUUUCAAAGAUGAAGAAUUUGAAAGUGCAUCCAAGGUACCGUGCAUCUUGCAUAUGGAUUCUAUUAGAGGAAGUCACAAAGGCCUCAAGAAUCUCAUACGAGGUUACCUAUGUGAAGAAUGGAAAGUGAGGCAUCAUGCUACAACAGAAGAUGCUUCAUCAAGUUUUCUACAUAUGAAAUUUGUUCCACUUAAGCUUCCACAACAGGAAAAUCUAUUUGACUGUGGCCUUUUCUUGCUCCAUUAUGUAGAGCGUUUUCUGGAGGAAGCUCUUAACUUCGGCCAGUUUAACCUCACAAAGUUCUCCAACUCCUUAAGCAGCAAUUGGUUCCAACCUGAAGAGGCUUCUCGUAAAAGAUAUUCAAUCAAGAAGUUAAUAUAUGAGAUCCUUCAAGAUCAUUCUCAGAGCACUGGAGCUGAUGGCAGUAACAGAUAUCCUUGUGCAGUACCCACUGGAACAAGUGAACAAGAAACCAAAGUAAUAUUUCUUGAGAAGAUAAGCAGUUCAACAAAAGCGUGUUAUGGCAUUUCUUCUACUUCCAAUGUUGAACAAGUUGGGAUCUCUUUGUCAAAAACUGCACUUGCAAGAGACUUUAGAGAAUCAGGCUUGGGUUCUAAGUUGUUUGAAGCAGUAGAUUGUUCCUGGUUGUAUACUGAUGCGAAUUACCUGCAGUUGGAUUCUCCUUGUCAUAGGAGCACCAUGACACCAAUAGAGGAAGUUGUAGAAAGUAAUGAGAAAGUUGCGGAGUCACCUGUUGACAUGGAAGAUUGUCAGCAAAUAGCUGAAUUGGAGACACUUGGGAAGCACGAAAUCUCCGUGGGUCUAAAGAAACUUGAUGAGAGGGUUUUAGUUUCUAGCAGAUCUACUGGAUCCCUGACCUUGGCAGGGGUAGGAAUAAAUAUAGUUCACCCAACGCAGGAUAUCGACGGAUUUGACAAUUUGGCAGAACCAGAAAAACAGGAAUCUUCUUCAACCUCAUGUAAGGAACUUGCUCAUUGUGUUGUACCAGAUUCUGAAGAGGAAGAUAGCGAGCAUGAUAGCAAUGAUGUCAAGUACAUACCUUUUAUCUGUAUGCAGAACGGCCUUGUUCUAUCCACCCAAGAGGACCAGUCAAAUGAAAAUAUCAUUCUGAACGGAAAUAAUCUGCCAACAAACAAUGAGGAUACAGUGUCGAAAUCAGAUGAAGUGAAGCCUGUGAAGAGGCGAAAAUUCAAGCCUCCUUAAGAUGGAAGGCCAUUCACUAGAGUUCUCUGAAAAGCAUACACCUUUGACAGUAGUGUAUAUAAUAGUUUGUAUAGUUUUUUAAGUUCUAAUGGAGUUCCGAAGAAAAGUGCUAAUGUAGGUUUAAAGUGAGUAUAGAAACCAACCCUUAAAUAGGAGGGAAGAAAUCUUUAAAAAAAAAAUGGAGUUUACUGAUCAUCUUUGUUUCUGGAUACUAGAAGGGCCUUUUCUAAUUCCCGUCAAAGGCUUAGGUUACCAUGUAGCCAUGAUUGAAAGCAACUUUUUUUUGUUCAUCAUGGUUUAGUGCUAAAUAUUGUUCCAACUCUUUCACCUAUGUAUAACUAUUGC